ACACAAUGAGUUUGAGUGACUGAGUGAGUGAGUGAUAUAUAUUAUAGAGAGUAUAGAGUGAGUGUAGUGUUGAUGGCUAUUGAGGUCAUUGUUUGUUCGCCCGAUUCGUCAGUGAAAUACCAGUGACUUUGUGUGUGUGUUGUGUUGUGUAUUGAGUUUUGUAUUGAGUUUUAACAUAACUAUUGAGUUAUCUAUUGAUUGCCUUUUCUAUCACUAAUUGUUGUCAAACUAACCAUUUGUCCCAUUGUUUUGAUUGGUCACCACUUUGGCCGACGAUAUAUAUAAACAAAAACUAUAACUCUUUGACUGACAAUAUAAUCAACAAAACUGUUGAAGUAAUCAAUGGCCCGAACUAAACAAACUGCCCGUAAGUCAACCGGUGGUAAAGCGCCGCGUAAACAAUUGGCCACCAAAGCCGCCCGCAAGUCGGCGCCAUCAACGGGAGGCGUGAAGAAACCUCAUCGUUACCGACCGGGAACUGUAGCUCUUCGUGAGAUUCGUCGAUACCAGAAGUCAACUGAAUUAUUGAUUCGCAAACUGCCGUUUCAGCGAUUAGUUCGUGAGAUCGCACAGGACUUCAAAACUGACCUUCGCUUCCAAUCGGCCGCAAUCGGAGCCCUUCAGGAGGCAUCGGAGGCAUACUUAGUGGGACUGUUUGAAGACACCAAUCUGUGUGCUAUUCACGCCAAACGUGUGACUAUUAUGCCUAAAGACAUCCAACUGGCCCGUCGUAUUAGAGGAGAGAGGGCUUAACACCGACAACCACUCCAUAAAGUUUCCUCAAUUAAUGUCGUCACACAUUAUAAACCACAAAACGACAGCAGACACCACAUACUAAACAUAAUUAUAUAUAUUUACCGAUUUUAUUAUAUAUAUUAUAUAUAAUCAUUAAACACUUUCCUUUCGUCUCCCUAUUCCUUAACUAUCAACUAAUAUACUUUUUAUUGAUAUAUCGAUACAUUAUUUGAAGUGAAAUUUUAAUUAUAAAAAAAUGUAAUAAUUAUUAUAUACACAUAUUAUAUAUUCAUUAUUAUGUAUUCAAUACAUCAUUUACUUUCAUUUGUUUUUUCAUUAUCUUUCAAACUAAGCAUUUGUCGUGUGUUUACUGAUAUGUCCCGCGUGUCUACCGAUUAGUUGUUAUGUUACCGAUUGAAUUGUUUUUGUAUAUAAAUAAUACCACACUAUUCAGUAUAUUAUAUGAUUCAUAAAAUGAUUCAUUUAUAAACAAAUUGACAAAAAUCUAU